AUGUCGUCAUCCCUCCACCAACCGGACCUCGACUCCUCGGCCGCCGCUGGCGACUCCGUGGCGUCCUCCCCUCGAUCCGAAUCCCACGCGCCUUCCUCUCAGCAGGACGCGCGCGUGCGCUUCAUGUGCAGCUUCGGCGGCAAGAUCCUCCCCCGCCCGCACGACAACCUCCUCCGCUACGUCGGCGGCGAGACCCGGAUGGUCGCCGUCCACCGAUCCACGACCUUCUCCUCCCUCGUCUCCAAGCUCGCCAAGCUCUCCGGCCUCCCCGCCGGCGUCACCGUCAAGUACCAGCUCCCCAACGAGGAUCUCGACGCGCUGAUCUCCGUCUCGACGGACGAGGACGUCGAGAACAUGAUGGAGGAGUACGACCGCGGCGCGCUGAAUCAGAACCCUAGAUCGGCGCGAUUGCGCCUCUUUCUUUUCCCCAAGGGGGAAUUGGAAGGUUCUAGAACCAGCAGCAUCAGCUCGCUCCUCGACGGAUCGACGAAUCGGGAGCACUGGUUCCUCGACGCGCUCAAUUCGGGCCGGGCCCUGGAGCGGGGCAGGUCCGAGGCGUCGUCGAUCGUCUCCGAGGUGCCCGAUUACCUCUUCGGAUUGGAGAAUUCCGACGAGAAUCAGCAGCAGGGGAAGCUGAGGAACAAAUUCAUCUUCAACGACAGCGUUUCGGCCUCGGAUCCGGGUUCCCCCGCCCCGGUUGUCUCGUCGUCGCCGUACUGCUCCACCUCGUCGGUCGCCGCCCCGCCGACACCGGUCAAGACCAAGCUCGACCCGGUCGACCCGAGGCGGCAGGUGUCGGAGCCGAUUCCGGAGGCUCAAUUGCAGCCGCAGCAGCCGCCGGCCGGGUACGCGAUGCAUUACAUUCCGGAGUCUCAGUAUUCGGGUCCUGCCGCCCCGGUCCAGCACAUACCGGUUUACUACGUGCCGGGUCAGGGGAACGUUCCGGUUCAGCAGGUUCAGUAUCGGCCCCAAUACGUCCAGCAGUAUUCGGUUCAGCCGGGUCAAAUGCAGGGGGUCGGGUACCAUCAGGUGCAACCGGGUAUGGGUCAGCAGGUACAGGGCGGGAUGGGUCAGGUUUAUGGGGCGAUGCGACCGGCUAUGGACCCGUAUGAAGGGGCGAGGAUGGUUUCGGAUGGGAUGAACCAGCAGGUUUAUUACGGGGUUAUGGGUGGGAAUGCGGUCAUGACCGGUCAGGGUCAUCCGGGUAUGGUGAUGGCAGCGACAGGGGAGGAAAUGCAAAGAGGCGUGGUCGACCCGAAAUCGGGCCGGAUCUCUGGGCCGUGA